CCCCCAUCUUCCUUGGUGGUUCUUGGAAGAUAACAAGAAGACUACCGAUCGACCAAGUCUACAAUUAAUAAUGUUUCGCCGCGCAUUGGUCUUUUUUAAUUUGCUUUGCUUAAUUUCUUUCUUGGAAGAAUAGUUUGUUGCUCUGCUUUCAUGGCGCUAACAACCUUUUCUUCAUCAUUCACAUCCAGCCCAAGUCCUACAUGGGGUUACGAAGUAUUUGUAAGUUACAAUGGCGAUGAUACUGGCAAAAGCUUUACAGACCAUGACCUCUUUGCUGCUCUAAAACGGCACGAGAUUCGCGCCUUUAGAGAUGACAAGGAGCUCGAGAGAGGGAAAGAUAUUUGGACCGAGCUAGAGAAGGCAAUCGAGACAUCAAGGAUUGCUAUUAUAGUGUUCUCCAUAAAUUACGCUGCUUCCAGCUGGUGUCUGAAUGAGCUGGCUAAGAUCUUGGAAUGCAGACGGAGCUUGCAGCAAAUUGUACUGCCCAUUUUCUACAAUGUGGAGCCGUCCAAGUUGCGUGCACUGAAGGGGAAUUUGGCCCAAGUAUUUGCCAGUCAUGUGGAGCGUUUCGGGGAAGGUAAGGUGCAGAGGUGGAGGACUGCUUUGACUGAGGCUGCAAACUUGGCCGGGUGGGACUCGGGAAAUGACGCACAUCGUUCCGAGUCAAAGCUUAUAGAGAAAAUUAUUGGAGAUAUUUUGAUUAAAUUAAAUCUGGCAUACUUCACUGUUACACCCUACCCAGUUGGAGUUGAGUCUCGGGUGCAAGAAAUCAAUAAGCAUUUAGAUGAGUAUGCAGGUGAUGUUUGCAUGGUUGGCAUUUGGGGGAUGGGUGGCAUUGGCAAAACAACAAUUGCCCAAGCUCUAUAUAACCUAAUAAAAUGUAAAUUCGAAGUAAGUUGCUUUCUUGAAAAUAUACGAACAAGAUCUGAACAAUCAGGUGGUCUGAUUGAUUUACAAGAGCAAAUUAUUUCCAGUGCCCAAGUAAAUUCCAAGAAAAAAGUUAGGGAUGUUUAUGAAGGAAUUAGUGUUAUAAGAGACAUAAUUCAGAGUAAAAAGUUUCUUCUUGUUCUCGAUGAUGUGUGGGGCCCUGAUGAGUUAAGAAAGCUAGGUAUUGAUAAGGAUUAUUUUCAACCAGGAAGUAUAAUUAUUAUUACAUCAAGAGCUAAGCACCUGCUACAUGGUGCUGGGUGUGAUUUCAUCUAUGAAUCACCGUUCCUGGAUUACAAUGAGUCUUUUCAGCUCUUUAGUUGGCAUGCAUUUGGAAAAGACCAUCCUAAUGAAAAUUAUGUAGUGCUCACAAACGAAGUAGUAUAUUAUGCUCAGGGACUUCCAUUGAAUUGA